CAGCGUCGUAUUGAUUGAAACAAACACUUUCCUUGUCCCGUCUGCUUUUUGAAUUCCUAACGUGCCGCGAUUUGAGAGGGCGCCCCUCGAGGUUCUUCUUGGCCUAUCAAAGGCCCUGGAACCAAGACACCCCCUGGGCGUAGGGCGUCACGGUUCGGUCACAGCCGGCCCUCUGCGCCGACCUGAGCCGACCCAGAGAGUGGGAGCGCCCAGGCCCAACCAAGACCGCUGUCGUCACUUGUUCCCGCUUCCACAGCCUGUCGGGACCGUAUGCAACCGUCACGCAAGACAGGACACACAGGCGAAAUCUCACACAUAUCACGUUGAGGCCUCGGUGUACAGCGCAAGAUCCUGCGGUGCCUAUCCCCUGGGCGAUUUUGACCAGCCACUUUUUCCUGGUUUUCAUGUUAUGACUUGCUAUGAUAUCGGACCCGCAAGAAACCGUCCCGCGCAGCGACAUCGACUCCCACCUCCAGCUCUGCAUCAGCGGCGGCAGCAGCGAGCCCUCCUAACCCGCGAAGAACCGGAAGCAGCCGCAGUCCCAGAGCAACCAUUGACCUUCAGCCCGCGCCCCCUUCGCCGCCUACUGCCUCGGCCGGGACGGACGAAGAAGGAAGUCAGGCAGAUAAAGGGGCAAGCCAGCUGCACCCAUACCCGCUCAAUGCCGUCGGAUAGGUGGUCAAUUAGAUGCCAUUAGCCUCAGGGCCCCGGCUCUGAUCGAAUUCGCGCACGGCUUACUCACUCCCGAAGCCGGCCGCCUCUGCCCGGCUGCGCUGCGAUCCUUGCGACCAGGCAUUCGAAGGACCACCCUCUCGCGGCAUGUCGAAGCUAGGAAGCACAGCCAACUCCCCGACCCCCGCGACGACUGCCACGACCGACCCGCCGCCCUCUGCCGCCGAAGCAGCCAUGUCGGCGCCGAUGACGCGGUCCGACUUGGCCGGGGCGCAGGCCCGCAGCUUCAUAUCGCAGCCCGUGGUCGCGGCCUUUUGCGCCGGCGGCAUCGCGGGCGCCGUCUCGCGCACCGUCGUCUCGCCGCUCGAGAGGCUGAAGAUCCUCUUCCAGAUCCAGAGCGCGGGCCGCGAGGAGUACAAGCUCUCGGUCGGCAAGGCGCUCAAGAAGAUGUGGCAGGAGGAGGGCUGGAGGGGCUGCAUGCGCGGCAACGGCACCAACUGCAUACGCAUCGUACCCUACUCGGCCGUCCAGUUCGGCUCCUACGGCUUCUAUAAGAGAACCCUGUUCGAGUCGACCCCCGGCGCCGACCUCACCCCGUUCGAGCGCCUCAUAUGCGGCGGCAUCGCCGGCAUCACCUCGGUCACCUUCACGUACCCGCUUGACAUUGUCCGGACCCGCCUGUCCAUCCAGUCCGCAUCCUUUGCCGACCUGGGCGAGAGGAGGGGGGAGCUGCCGGGCAUGUGGGCCACCAUGGUGCGCAUGUACAAGGAUGAGGGAGGGAUCCGGGCCCUGUACCGCGGCAUCGUCCCGACUGUUACUGGCGUCGCCCCAUACGUUGGCUUGAACUUCAUGACAUAUGAGUUUAUGCGAACGCAUCUUACCCCUGAGGGUGACAAGAACCCCAGUGCGGCUCGCAAGCUUCUUGCUGGCGCAAUUUCUGGCGCAGUUGCGCAGACAUGCACCUAUCCAUUUGAUGUUCUCCGCCGGCGAUUCCAGAUCAACACCAUGUCGGGGAUGGGCUACCAGUACAAGUCUAUCCCGGACGCCAUAAAGGUCAUACUCAUGCACGAGGGACCCAAGGGCCUUUACAAAGGCAUCGUCCCGAAUCUUUUGAAAGUCGCACCGAGCAUGGCCUCCAGCUGGUUGAGUUUUGAGGUCGUCAGGGAUUUCUUCGUCUCCCUCGAUCCCAAGGAAGCCGACCUAUGAUGAAUCUCGUUCAGGCUGCCUGACAUGACUACCCGAGGAUGAGACGGCGCAAAACGGAUUCUCUUGUUGGGCGCUCAAGGCCGAGCCGAGCCCCGAUGGAGACGGCAGGCAAUAAACACGGAACUAGACACCUACAUGUGACCGGCCGAAGAAUCGAACGAUCGCUGGCCGUCGUGUCGGCAACUGGGUAUCUUUCUCGACAUUGGCGUUUCGAGAUUCCUGGCUUUCUUUUUCUUUGUCUUUUUUUAGAUACACAUAGAGAGCGUCGCCAAGACCUACACCACCAACCAUCGGCCACCUCGCUGGGCACCCGGGUGCUCAACCACCAAGUUCCAUCGGCUCUAUCACCACGUGGCUAGCAGACUCCCCCUAGCAUAUGCUACCGACUACUUCGACGGGAUGACUGCUUCACUGGGAUGACCCAGGAGCUUGUAAUAACCUCAAAACAGAAACACGGGAAAGAGUUAUACCUAAUAUUACUAGAGGGGCAUGGCUUUUGUUUUUAUUCUUAAACUCGGAAGUCACUCGAGAAGGGUUUUCGGGGGAUGAGGAUGGGCAUGGGAUAUGGAGUCGCCGACAUACGGGUUUGCAGAGCGUACAUGCUUGUGUAUCUCAAGGCACAGGUAUCGAACGACAGGAAAAACUCGUCACCUCUGCCUUGGUGCCUCGUAAAUAGAUGGUAGGUAUGCAUUAUUAACCUACAUUCGGGCAUUUUCUGCUCAUGUGGGAUGGAUAGAAUGGAUUGCUUGGAUAAGUCAGAAGAUAGAUAAGAACAAUGCUGCGCUCAGGCAGUGCAAUAGGUAUUACCUAGGUAGAUACGUAUGUGCCCAGGCCUCGCAGCUAGUGCAUUCAACAGCGAUCUCGAAUGAUACUCCGCCUGC